CGUGAUGGCGACAGUUUGACCCUGGAACAGACCACGGGAGGGGGAGGAGGGUGGGUGUUGCCGGGGAACCAGCAUGGUGUUGUCGGCUCCCUUCAGCACGCUGGCCAGCACCCGCAUGGAAGUCACUGUCCUCCAGCGUAUCAUCCUCUUCAUCCACGCCGGGUUAGGACAUGGAUUUCCCUGAUGUCCUCUCCGCGUCUUUCCUCGUCGCGGUGGCUCUCGUCUCGCUCCUUUCCAACUUGUUGGUGCUGCUCUGCUUCCUCCACAGCACCGAGAUCCGCCGACAAGUCCCCGGCGUCUUCACCAUGAACUUGUCCCUCUGCAACAUCCUCAUCGCGGUGCUCAACAUGCCCGCCACCGCAGCUGGCAUCCUUCGGCGGCAGCAGCCCUUCGGGGACCGCUGGUGCAGCUCCGUGAGCUUCCUGGAGACCUUCCUGACCGCCAAUGCCAUGUUGAGCAUGGCGGCACUCAGCAUCGACCGGUGGGUCGCGGUGGUCUUCCCGCUGAGCUACUCCUCCAAAAUGCGCUACAAGGACGCGGUGGUAAUGGUGUGCUACUCCUGGAUGCACUCCUUCACAUUCUCCCUCACGGCGCUGCUCUUCUCCUGGCUCCGCUACAGCGAUGCGUACGCGUCGUGCACCCUGCAAAGAAGCGGCGGCGACCGGGUGAAGUUUGCCAUCUUCACCGCUGUCUUCCACGCCGGAAGUUUUGUGCUGUCGUUUCUCACGCUGUGCUUCUCUUACCUGAAAGUGCUCAAAGUGGCCAGGUUUCACUGCAAGAGGAUCGACGUUAUCACCAUGCAGACCCUCUUUCUGCUGGUCGACAUCCACCCGAGCGUGAAGCAGCGAUGUCUAGCUGAGCAAAAGAGGCGAAAGCAGAGAGCCACCAAGAAAGUCAGCAUCUUUAUCGGAUCCUUCGUCAUCUGCUUUGCUCCCUAUGUGAUCACCAGGUUAGCCGAGCUCCUCCCCUUUGUGGACGUCAACCGCCGCUGGGGCAUCAUCAGCAAGUGCCUGACGUACAGCAAGGCCGCCUCAGACCCGUUCGCCUAUUCCCUCUUACGCCAGCAGUACAGGAAGGUAGCGCUUCACAUCGUCAACCGGCUUCUCCGCCGCGACCUCUACCCAUCGUCCGGCCAUAACAGCUCGCUGGACACGGAGAGCGACUACUGCCUGCAGAGGAUCAGCUAGCAUCCAGUAGCUGUGUGGCGCUAAAAUGAGAGCAUAUCCUUACCGGGGAGUGAGGUGAUGGUGAGCGGUAGUGGGUAAGGGUGAGACGGAUAGCAACGAUUGGGCAAAGCAGCUCUAGUAAACAAGGAAGGGUGAGUCAUUGGCCGCUCUAGUGACAUAUCAAUGCCACCAGGAAAGUCCUGCGAUUCUUCUUCUUUUGGACUUUUAGGACCACUUUUGGCAUGGAGAGCCGCAAGAUGGAAAUGACGUUUCAUAUUUGGCUGUUUUUUAGUCACUUUUUGAUCUAAAGUUUUCAUUAAAAGUAGUCAUUUGGCAUUGUCUCAUCAAAGGACACUGAUGUUAUGUGCAUUUCUGUUUUAGUCAUGGUUUUGUCAAGAAAAAAAACAAAAAUGCACUGGAGGGUCAUUGGCCGGCUUUCUAGUCACUGUUUGGUCUACAAGUUCAGUUGUACGUAGACAUUUGGCAUUUCUUUCUUGUCAAAGUCCAUUACUUUAUCGUGUAUUUUAAUUAUAUUUAUAAUGUUAUCAAGAAAACUACAUCAAAAUGCACUGUAGGGUCAUUGGCAAGCUUUUUAGUCACUGUUCGGUCUAAAAAGUUAAGUAAAAGUAGGCAGAUGAAGGUUUUUUCAUAUUUUUUGUCUCGUCAAAGACCAUUCAUUUAUCAUAUAUGUAUGGUUUCAUCAAUAAAUACACUCCAAAGUGCACUGUAGGGUCAUUGGCCCGCUUUUUAGUCACUGUUUGGUCUAAAAGUAAGACAUUUGGCAUUGUUAAAUGACACUAAUGGUAUCUGCAUUUUUAUUUUAGUCAUGGUUUUGUCAAGAAAAAAACUAAAAUGCUCUGGGUGGUCAUUGGCCGGCUUUUUAGUCAGUGUUUGGUCUAAAACUUCAGGUGAAGUAGGCAUUUGGCAUUGUUGUCUUGUCAAAAUCCAUUAAUUUAUUGUGUAUAUUAAUUAUAUUUACAAUGUUAUCAUGACAACUACACCAGAAUGUGCUGUCAGGUGACUGGCAAGCUUUUUAGUUACUGUUCAGUCUAAAAGGUUAAUGAAAAGUAGGUAAAUAAAAGUUGUUUCAUAUUUUUUGUUGAUUUUGUCUUGUUAAAGACCAUCAGUUGAACACAUAUUUUCAUAAUGUUUAUGGCUUCAUCAAGGAAUACACACCAACUUGCGCUGGGUGGUAAUUGGUCGGCUUUUUAGUCACUGUGUGGUGUAAAAGUUCAAUCGUAAGUAGGCAUUUGGCUUUCGAAUCUCCGUUGGGCAUUUCUGUGUGGAGUUUGCAUGUUCUUCCCUUGCGUGUGUGGGUUUUCUCCGGGUACUCCGGUUUCCUCCCACAUUCCAAAAACAUGCAUGUUAGGUUAAUUGGAGACUCUAAAUUGUCCAUAGGUAUGAAUGUGAGUGUGAAUGGUUGUUUGUCUACAUGUGCCCUGUGAUUGGCUGGCGACCUCUCGCCCGAAGUCACCUGGGAUAGGCUCCAGCAUACCCGUGACCCUAGUGAGGAUAAGUGGCAUAGAAGCUGGAUGGAUGGAUGUUAUCAAGAAAACCCACCAAAAUGCUCUGCAGGGUCAUUGGCCAGCUUUUUAGUCACUGUUCAGUCUAAAAAGUUAAUGAAAUCGAUGAAAGUUGUUUUUGUCUUGUCAAAGACCAUUAAUUGAUCAUAUAUUGUCAUUAUAUUUAUGGUUUCAUCAAGAGAUACACACCAACAUGUGCUCUAGGGUCAUUGGCCCGCUUUUUAGUCACUGUUGGGUCUAAAAGGUUCAGUUAUAAGCAGGCAUUUGUCAUUGUUGUCUUCCAUCCAUCUUCGGGUCUCGGGGGCAGCAGCCUAACCAGGGAAGCCCAGACUUCCCUCUCCCCAGCUACUUCGUCCAGCUCCUUCCGGUGGAUCCCGAAGUGUUCCCAGGCCAGUUGAGAGACAUAGUCUCUCCAACGUGUCCUGGGUCUUCCCCGAGGCCUUCUACUGGUCGGACUUGCCCUGAACAGCUCCCCAGGGAGGCGUCCUGACCAGAUGCGCAAGCCACCUCAUCUGGCUCCUCUCAAUGUGGUUCUACUCCGAGUCUCUCCCGGAUGACAGUGCUUCUCACCUUGUCUCUAAGGGAGAGCCCAGCCACCCUAGAGAGAAAACUCAUUUCAGCCGUUUGUACCAGCGAUCUUGUCCUUUCGGUCACUACCCAAAGCUCGUGACCAUAAGUGAGGGUAGGAACGUAGAUCGACUGGUAAAUUGAGAGCUUUGCCUUUCAGCUCAGCUCUCUCUUCACCACAACGGACUGAUGUAGAGUCCGCAUCACCAAAGACGCCGCACCAAUUCGCCUGUCGAUGUCGUGUUCCAUCCUUCCCUCACUCGUGAACAAGACCCCGAGGUACGUAAACUCCUCCAAUUGGGGCUGGAUCUCAUCCUCGACCCAGAGAUGGCACUCCACCCUUUUCCGGGUGAGAACCAUGGACUCGGAUUUGGAGGAUUCUCAUCCCGGCCGCUUCACACUCGGCUGCGAACCGAUCCAGUGAGAGUUGAAGGUCACGGCUCGAUGAAGCCAGCAUGACCACAUCAUCUGCAAAAAGCAGAGACUCAAUCCUGCAGCCAGCAAACCUGAAACUCCUUAACGCCCUGGCUGUGCCUACAAAUUCUGUCCAUAAAAAUAACGAACAGAAUUGGUGACAAAGGGCAGCCCUGGCGGAGUCCAACCCUCACAGGAAACGGGUCCGACUUAUCCAAACUCUGAUACCAAACAAACCAAACUCUGACACCGGUCACAGAGCUCGUAUAUACGUA